AUGGCGCUAUUUGGGACUUCUGAUGCCCUGAUGUGCAGGGCAUUCCCCACGACUCUGCGGGGGCUGGCCCGCACAUGGUACAGCGGUCUGAGGCCAGGGACCGUCGCCUCCUUCGACCAGCUCGCUAAAGACUUUGAGCUUAACUUCCUGGCGUACGCCCGACCUAAGCCGUCCAUGGCGUUGCUCCUCGGGCUCAACCAGAAGGAGGACGAGCCCCUCGCCCAUUUUGUGAAUCGAUUUACAACCCAAAUCCAUGGAUUGUCGGAUGCUCACCCCUCUUUUUUGAUGCAGGCAUUCGUGAUAGGCCUGAGACCCUCCAAAUUCUUCUAG